AUGAGAUUGCCGGUCAUACUGAUGUCUCUCGCUGGAUUGGGUCUCGCUGAAACCCAGUGCAAAUGCUCUCCAUCGGAUCCUUGUUGGCCCUCCGCUUCAUCUUGGGCUGCCCUGAACACCUCGGUUUCGGGCAAACUUAUCCACAAUCAGCCUGUGGCCAAGCCAUGCUAUCAUGGGGCUGGGUUUGACCGGGUAGCGUGCGAGCACAUUCUAUCACAGUGGUCCAAUUCGACCUUCCAAGCCAACCACCCGGUCGCGUAUGCGCUACCACUAUUUGAUGCCUGUCCGCCUCUAGCACCCGGGGCACAGUCCGCGGCGCACUGUAGUCUUGGCCCCGACCCGGUGUAUACAGUAAAUGCGACGGAGCCUCAAGACCUUGUGGAAGGAAUCCGCUUUGCCAGAUAUCACGAUAUCCGACUAGUUGUGCGAACCACUGGACACGACCUCUUAGGAAGGUCCCAGGGGUACGGAAGUCUACAGGUAUGGACUAAGUACGUCCUGAAGGGGAUCGAGCACCACUCAAAGUAUACCAGUGUAUGUGCCGCUUCGAACUGGGCCGGAAAUGCCUUUACUGUUCGGGGUGGCUAUAUCUGGAGUGACUUGUAUGAGGAAGCAUUUAAACGGAACCUCACGGUAGUAGGCGGCGCGGACAAAUCUGUCGGGAUUCUCGGCGGCUAUCUCCAAGGUGGCGGUCACUCGCCGGUCAGUCACGACUAUGGGUUAGCAGCUGAUCAGCUUCUAGAGGCACAGGUGGUGCUAGCUUCGGGGAAUAUCGUGACCGUGAACGCCUGUCAGCAUAGAGACCUCUUCUUCGCAAUACGUGGAGGCGGCGGGUCAACCUAUGGCAUCGUUAUAUCCGCUUCCUUGAAAGCCUAUCCGUCGCGGCCAGUUGUUGUACAAUAUCUGCAGAUUGCACCUCUGUUAAACAAUGCAAACCCCAUGCAGACACCGCUUCUCGAUGCAGUAACGGAAAUCGUCCGUUCCUAUCCAGCGCUUUCCGAUGCUGGUUUCUCUGGCUACGGGUUAUUCGACGCGAAUGCCACCUCUCUUGCCAGCAUCAAUAUUCUAAAAACAGUACAGCAUACCGGAAUUUAUAUGCAUGGCUUUGCGAAAAUAGCUCAUCAGAACAGCGAUGCGCCCAGAGAUUUUCUCGUGGACGCACAGUCGAUAAUGACGUCCAUCCUGAUGGAGAGAUUGUUACCCUACAACGGGACAUCGCUCCUAAUCAUGGAACGCUGGCGCCAUUUCCCCUCCUACGAGGGCUAUUUUCAGGCUAUAUCGGAGAAUCCGCUGCCAAUUGGAUAUAGCAAUGCGGCACUUACAUCGCGUCUGUUUGACAAGUCAGCUCUAACGGGUGACCGGGAUCGCGUGAGGCAGAUGCUCAAGAUUAUUUCGUCCGAACCGCAAGCUCCAUCCUCCGACAAUUCGGACAACAUUAGCACUGCUAUUCUUUUCCAUCUAAUAGGCGGUGGCAAAGUUCUCAAGCCAAAUCCGCUCGCCGCUGUGAACCCUGCCUGGCGAAAGACGUAUUUGCACGCUGUCGUGGGAUCAACCUGGCCGGAGCGGGCUGACACCCGAACUAUUCAAGGUGCCCAGGACAGUAUCACAUUCCAAAAAACAGAUGCUAUGAAAGUCUUAACUCCCGGCAUGGGUAGUUAUAUGAAUGAAGCAGAUCGAAGAGACCCCUUGUGGAAGGAAGAUUUUUACGGUGCGAACUACGUCCGUCUUCAGUCGAUCAAAAGGCAGUACGAUCCUGAUCAUGUGUUCUACUGCCACACAUGUGUGGGUAGCGAGGAAUGGAUAGAAACGGACCUAGGAGGUGGAAAGGGGUACGGGCCAUUGUGCAGGGUGUAG